AUGACGGACGUCAAGAUGCAGGUCGAGAACCCCCAAGAAACCAUCGAAGCGAUCAAACAUGGGGAUAUCGACGAAUCAUUGUAUAGUCGGCAGCUAUACGUUCUUGGUCACGAGGCCAUGAAGCGAAUGGGCUCUUCCAAUGUUCUGAUUGUGGGUCUCAAGGGCUUGGGCGUGGAAAUCGCCAAGAACAUUGCCCUCGCCGGUGUUAAAUCCCUCACCCUAUACGACCCCGCCCCAGUCGCUAUCUCGGAUCUUUCUUCGCAGUUUUUCAUUCAGCCAGAGGACGUCGGCAAGCCCCGUGCUGAGGUUACAGCCCCUAGAGUCGCCGAGUUGAACUCCUACGUUCCCGUUACACUCCACGAGGGCGAGAGCCUCGUGGGUGAUCUCGAACAACUAAAGCGCUACCAGGCAGUGGUUCUCACACAGACGCCUUUGAAGGAGCAACUGGUGAUUGCCGACUUCUGCCACAAGAACAAAAUCUACCUCACAAUUACAGAUACAUUCGGUCUCUUUGGUUAUAUCUUCAAUGACUUUGGAAAGAACUUCACUGUGGGUGAUCCCAACGGUGAAGAGCCUGCUAGUGGAAUUGUGGCGGAUAUCGACGAGGAAGGGUUGGUCUCGGCGCUCGAUGAGACAAGACAUGGACUCCAGGAUGGUGACUUUGUCACUUUCACUGAAGUCAAGGGUAUGGAUGGCUUAAACAACAGUGAUCCUCGCAAGGUCACUGUGAAAGGUCCCUAUACUUUCACUAUUGGCGACGUCUCUGGUCUAGGAUCCUACCAAGGUGGUGGUCUAUUCACUCAAGUCAAGAUGCCGAAGUUCAUUGAUUUCCAGCCACUGGAGGAUCAACUUAAAAACCCGGAGGUUCUCCUGUCCGACUUUGCCAAGUUUGACCGGCCACAACAAUUGCAUAUUGGUAUCCAGGCUCUUCAUAAGUUUGCGGAGACUCAUGAUGGCCAGCUGCCUCGUCCCCACAAUGAUAGCGAUGCCCAGGAGGUUCUGAAGAUUUCUAACGAUCUUGCUGCGGCCGGUGAAGAAAAAGUUGACCUGGAUGAGAAGAUAAUCAAAGAACUGAGCUACCAGGCCCGCGGUGAUCUGAAUCCGUUAGCAGCUUUCUUUGGUGGCAUCGCCGCCCAGGAAGUUCUGAAGGCUGUCUCCGGCAAGUUCAGUCCUGUGCAUCAGUGGCUGUACUUUGACUCUUUGGAGUCCUUGCCUUCAUCAGUCACUCGAUCCGAAGAGAGCUGCAAGCCUCUUGGUACCCGCUACGACGGUCAAAUUGCGGUGUUUGGCAAGGAAUACCAAGACAAACUUGCCAAUGUCAGUCAAUUCUUAGUCGGUUCUGGUGCUAUCGGUUGUGAGACGCUGAAGAACUGGGCCAUGAUGGGUCUAGGUACUGGUCCCAAAGGAAAACUUUACGUCACCGAUAUGGAUCAGAUCGAGAAGAGCAAUCUUAACCGCCAAUUCCUCUUCCGUUCUAAGGACGUUGGCAGACUCAAGAGUGAAUGCGCGUCUGCGGCCGCGCAAGCAAUGAACCCAGAAUUGAAAGAUAAGAUUGUCACUCUCCGUGAUCGCGUCGGUGCCGACACUGAACACAUCUUCAAUGAGGAUUUCUGGAACGGCCUCGACGGUGUGACAAACGCUUUGGACAACGUCGACGCACGGACAUAUGUUGAUCGCCGCUGUGUCUUCUUCCGCAAGCCAUUGCUGGAGAGUGGCACCCUGGGCACCAAGUGUAACACUCAGGUCGUCCUUCCUUUCAUCACGGAGUCCUACUCCAGCUCUCAGGAUCCCCCCGAGAAGUCAUUCCCUAUGUGUACCCUGAAGAGUUUCCCGAAUCGCAUUGAGCACACCAUUGCAUGGGCACGGGAUGUCUUCCAAACCUACUUCGUUGGUCCACCUGAAUCAGUCAACAUGUACCUCUCGCAAUCCGACUACAUUCAGCAGACCCUAAAGCAGGCGGGUAAUGAGAAGCAAACCUUGGAGCACCUGCGUGACUUCUUGGUCACUGAAAAGCCUCUAACUUUCGACGAUUGUAUUGUGUGGGCUCGCCAACAAUUUGAAGCGCAGUACAACAACGCGAUCCAGCAGCUUCUCUACAACUUCCCCCGAGACUCCAAGACAUCAUCCGGUCAACUAUUCUGGUCUGGUCCUAAGCGUGCCCCUACACCCUUGAAGUUCGAUAGCACUAAUCCAACUCAUCUUGGAUUCGUUGUCGCUGGUGCUAACCUCCAUGCGUUCAACUACGGGAUCAAGAACCCCGGUGCGGACAAGGACUAUUACCGAAGGGUAGUCGAUGACAUGAUCGUUCCCGAGUUCACCCCGAGCUCGAAUGUCAAGAUUCAGGCCAAUGAAAACGACCCUGAUCCGAAUGCCCAGCCAGCCGGUUCGUCUACUGAUGAGGAGGAAAUCCAGAAAUUGGUGGCAUCUCUUCCCUCGCCAAAGUCUCUUGCUGGUUUCCGCUUGCAGCCAGUUGAGUUUGAGAAGGAUGAUGAUACCAACUACCACAUCGACUUCAUCACCGCGGCCAGCAACCUCCGUGCAGACAACUACGAGAUUGCUCAGGCCGAUCGACACAAGACCAAAUUUAUCGCCGGAAAGAUCAUCCCGGCGAUUGCCACCACUACUGCCCUAGCCACCGGUCUUGUUGCCCUCGAACUGUACAAGGUUGUUGACGGCAAGGACGACAUCGAGCAAUACAAGAACGGCUUCGUUAAUUUGGCGCUUCCGCUAUUUAGCUUCAGUGAGCCGAUCAGUAGCGAAAAGGGCCAGUAUCAAGGCAAGCAAGGCGAGGUCACAAUUGACAGGCUCUGGGACCGAUUCGAGGUAGAAGACAUUCCCCUUCAAGAGUUCCUCGACUUCUUCGCCGAGAAGGGCUUGGACAUCACCAUGGUCAGCUCUGGAGUCAGCUUGUUGUAUGCAAGCUUUUAUCCCCCGUCGAAGGUCAAGGAUCGCCUUCCUCUACCUAUGAGCAAGCUUGUGGAGCACGUCAGCAAGAAGCCAGUCCCCGAGCACCAGAAGAAUAUCAUCUUCGAGGUCACAGCCGAGGACCAAACAGAAGAGGAUGUCGAGGUUCCCUAUGUCAUGCAUCUUUCACGUCCAAUUCUCCGCGCAGUGCCUCUUCGUGCAGGUUACCAGAGCUUUGUGUUGCCCACAUUACCAAUCAUCUACUCCCGCAAUAUGGCUGUCGCAAAUUCCAUGAGUAUCACCGAUUGGGUGAAACCCGGCGACAAGUCCGGCGAAUUCAAGCGUCAGCAAUCCGUCUUCCGGAACUGGAUAUCUAGAGAGACCGGCGCCCAAUUCCCUCCAGAGAAGGGCCGGUAUCACCUCUAUGUCUCUUAUGCCUGUCCUUGGGCUCACCGGACUUUGAUUACCCGGAAGCUCAAGGGCCUCGAGGACUUCAUCUCUUUCUCUUCGGUACAUUGGCAUCUUGGAGCAGAAGGCUGGCGAUUUGUUACUCCCGAUGAGAAACUGCCAGGGGAGAACACCAUUCCUGAUCCUCUACACCCGGAAUUUACGCACCUCCGACAGAUCUACUUCUCGAAUGAUCCGGACUACACGGGCCGGUUCACUGUCCCGGUUCUCUUCGACAAGAAGACCCAGCUGAUCGUAAGCAACGAGAGCUCCGAAAUCAUCCGCAUGCUUUACCAUGAAUUCGACGAUAUCCUCCCAGAGCAAUACAAGAAAAUCGACCUCUUCCCCACCGCUCUACAAGCCGAGAUCGAAGCUUACAACGAAUGGAUCUACAACGACAUCAAUAAUGGCGUGUACAAAUCUGGUUUCGCAACCACGCAAGAAGCCUACGGGAAAGCCGUCACAACGCUCUUCUCCUCGCUAGAUAAGGUCGAAGCCCACCUCGCCAAGCAGCAAGCAGCCUCGAAGCUGUAUUUCUUCGGCGACGAGAUCACCGAGGCUGAUAUCAGACUCUACACCACCAUUGUUCGGUUUGACCCGGUCUAUGUGCAACAUUUCAAGUGCAAUCUGAGAGAUAUCCGCUCUGGCUUCCCGGCUAUUCAUCGCUGGUUGCGCAGGCUGUAUUGGGAUGUUCCUGCUUUCCGGGAUACCACUGACUUUGAGCAUAUCAAGUACCAUUAUACUAAAAGUCACAAGCAGAUUAAUCAGUUUGCUAUUACUCCUGUAGGGCCUGUGCCGGAUAUUCUUCCUCAUGAUGAGGAGGUUAGGGCUGUGCAUGCGGCUAAAUAG